AUGGUUUCAAGCUCUCAGCCUGCCAAUAGGUUCGGGAGCCAUGCUGGAGUUGGUAAGCAGCCAGGCAAACCUUCAGCUUCUAGCGCUUCUUACCGCCCCAUAACAUCAUCGCGAGAACAAGCACUUACACUGAAUCGGUCAAGAAACGUCGCGCUGGAUCGUGAUGAUUCUUCGGCGGUGAGUAAAAAGAAGUAUGUCGCAAAUAGACUGGAUAGCUUGCCUCCUCAUGUCCUGGACCGCUUUUACCAAGUCUGUAUCAACGAAGAUGUUUCGCAGAUCAAGGUCUCUGAGACGGCGCUAGAUCCUCGAGCAGCCAGAAUCCUGCAAAUCGAGGAAGAGCCAGUAUCGCAGCAUGCUAAUCCGCAACAAAAAGCAUCAAAGCGUAAGGCAGCUGCUUCCACGGAUUCUUCUGAUGACGAGAAUGAGGAAAGCUGGUCGAAUCAUGGCAACAUGCAAAUCACGUUGCAUAUUGCCAAUGAGGAUGAAGUGGUUCACUUCUUGAAAAUGCGUUUCACCCAGAUCCAGCAACUUGCAACCAAAGUCAUCGCCAAAGCAUGGAUCAAAGCAAUAUGUCCAAAGAAGCAAGCAAACUUCCCCUAUGUCGACAGCAACCCAAGACCGGAUCAAAGUCAGAAACGCCGUCGUCCACGUCACGAUGGUGCUCCAAGAAUACCGCUAUUCUGGCCCGAUGUUGAAUUGUGUCGACACAAAGAGCCUGAUCAUACUAGAAAGACUGGUAUGUUCAUCCAAAUGACGGCAUGA